AUGAAAUUAGAAACUCAAAUCAGGGUUGGCCAUCUCGACGAUCUCAAACUUCAAGUUUUUGAACUCCCGUACGAAGGUAACCGCUUGAGUAUGAUCGUGUUUCUACCAGAGGAGAAUGAUGGCCUAAAAGAAGUGGAGAAAAAAUUGACAGCAGAUACAUUAAAAAGAGCCAUGAAAUCUUUACUUAUUCACACCGUAAACCUCACUUUCCCCAAAUUCAAGAUUGAACAUACCCUUCCCGUGAAGGAUCUCCUUAUCCAGCUGGGAAUGAGAGAUCUUUUCAGCCAGAAUGCAGACCUAUCAGGUAUGACAGAGCAGCGGGACAUUCAGGUUUCCGACAUUUUCCAUAAGGCCUUGGUUGAAAUCAACGAAGAAGGUACCGUUGCAGCUGCCUCCUCAGGGAUGGUGAUAGUCCCGCUGUCCUUGUCGUAUCGAUAUUUAAAGAAAAAAAUCGUUGUCCGUGCGGAUCAUCCUUUCAUCUUUUUCAUCUACGAUUUCAAGACAUCUCAAGUCUUGUUCAUGGGUCGAAUCAUGGAUCCUCGACCGGAGUCAUCGCGGACUAAGAAAGAGGCAGACGAUAUCAACAACAGACAACCAUUCUCAAGCCACGUAUCUUCCAAUCCUUCCACAGCCAGAAUCUAUACGCAAUGGUUCCGCUCGCCUCAACAUAAAUGGCCAUACAUGUACCACCGUGUGCCUAAUCACCAACUCUUCCGCUAUCGUUCUCCAUAUAUGACAGAAACUGGUUAUUUUUUUAAGCCUUUCUGA